AUGUUUGAGACUGAAAAAGUAUCACUAAAGGUUGUAAAGUUAAAUACAAAAGAUAUCCAAGCCAUUGCCGAGCUGCAGACUGAGAGCCCGCGUGCCUUGGCCGGGCUCAACUCGCUGGAUGCUGUGAAGCGCAAGAUCCAGGCACUGCAGCAGCAGGCAGAGGACGAGGAGGACUGCGCACAAAGGCUGCAGUGCGAGCUGGAUGGCGAGCGCGAGCGCCACGAGAAAGCUGAAGGAGAUGUGGCGGCUCUCAAUCGACACAUCCAGCUUGUGGAGGAUUUGGACCAGGCUCAGGAACGACUGGCCACCGCCCUGCAAAAACUGGAGGAAGCAGAAAAAGCUGCAGACGAGAGUGAGAGAGGAAUGAAGGUGAUAGAAAACUGGGCCAUGAAAGAUGAAGAGAAGAUGGAGAUCCAAGAGUUGCAGCUCAAAGAGGCCAAGCACAUUGCCGAGGAGGCUGACCGCAAAUAUGAGGAGGUAGCUCGUAAGUUGGUGAUCCUGGAGGGCGAGCUGGAAAGGGCAGAGGAGCGUGCGGAGGUGUCCAAACUAAAAUGCCGUGACCUGGACGAAGAACUCAAGAAUGUCACGAACAAUCUGAAAUUGCUCGAGGCUGCAUCUGAAAAGUAUUCUGAAAAGGAGGAUAAAUAUGAAGAAGAAAUUAAACUUCUGUCUGACAAACUGAAAGAGGCUGAGACCCGCGGUGAAUUUGCAGAGAGAACGGUUGCAAAACUGGAAAAGACCAUUGAUGACCUGGAAGACGCUAAAUGA